AUGGCGGCGGGCUUGGAGGUGGCAUUGGCAAGGGUGGUGGUUUUGGAGGUGGUAUUGGGAAAGGUGGUGGUCUCGGUGGAGGAAUCGGGCAUGGCGGUGGCCUCGGAGGUGGCAUUGGGAAAGGUGGCGGUCUUGGUGGAGGAGGAGGCGCCGGAGGAGGUGGUGGUUUCGGUGGAGGUGCUGGAGGUGGUGCAGGAGGCGGCGCCGGUGCAGGUGGUGGUCUCGGCGGAGGCGCGGGAAGCGGUGCCGGUGGUGGCCUUGGAGGUGGUUCAGGCGGAGGAGGAGGACUCGGUGGUGGUGCCGGAGGAGGUUCAGGUGGUGGCCUCGGAGGUGGUGCUGGUUCCGGUGGUGGACUUGGAGGUGGCGCCGGAGGAGGUGCCGGUUCAGGCGGUGGGCUCGGUGGUGGCGCAGGAGGAGGUUCAGGCGGUGGCCUUGGAGGAGGUGUCGGAUCAGGUGGUGGCCUCGGUGGUGGCGCGGGAGGAGGUUCAGGCGGUGGCCUUGGAGGAGGUGCCGGUUCAGGCGGUGGCCUCGGUGGUGGAGCAGGAGGAGGCUCCGGUGGUGGUCUGGGAGGCGGUGCAGGUGGAGGUGCCGGUUCAGGCGGUGGUUUCGGUGGAGGCUCAGGCGGUGGGUUUGGAGGCGGCGCGGGAGGAGGUGCUGGACUCGGCGGUGGAGCCGGCGGAGGCGGAGGCGCCGGAGCCGGCGGCGGUUUCGGAGGAGGCAAGGGCGGCGGCUUCGGCGGUGGCGUGGGCGGAGGAGGCGGCAAGGGCGGAGGCUUUGGUGGCGGAGUCGGCGGCGGAGGCGGUGCAGGUGGUGGCGCCGGCGGUGGCUUCGGCGGAGGCGCGGGAGGCGGAGCUGGAGGAGGCGCAGGUUUCGGCGGUGGAGCGGGUGGCGGAGCUGGCGCCGGUGGCGGCGGCGGAUUCGGCGGAGGAGGGGGCGCAGGCGGCGGCGGCGGCAUCGGCGACGGGCAGUGAUGCUCGCUCGCGCGAGGAACGGGCGGGCGCACGUACGUCGCGUCGCCUCCGUCCAUGCAGGAAGACGCGCGCGCCAUGA